CGUAUGCGCUGCAGGCGGGUAGUGGGCCAUAAGUUAACCGGAUCGUGGACGGCCGUUCGAGUGAGAAGAGACGAGCCGUGGCCCGGAAUAUGCGUGCACGCCUGAUCCAUGGCACAGGGCGUUGCCUUUUCCUGUUGGUGGGGUCCAGAGCUCCAUGGCCGCUGUUCUAGUCUGUUCUCCACUUUGGGUGUUGGCCACUGAGUCAUCGAGAGAAGAUGCGGGGGCGGCGGCGGCGGUGACAAGCCAUGGAGUUCCUGAUGAUGCAGCCUAUACGCGGAUCUACUUUUCUGGAGGAGGUUGGCGAGAGUAUAGUGCCGCCUCCUACGGCAGAAUAUGGUGCGGUGCAGCGGGCACUGGCGCAUGGGAUGGAAAGGCGGCGGAGCAGCCAGUGCUAGGGGCGGGUGUGGUGGAUCAGUCAACGGCGGUGGGGGAUUUCAUGGCGGCAGAGCAAGGUGCGGGGGAGCAGCGCAGACGCUCAAAUCUGGGCGGCCGGCGUAGCGGCGGUAGACGGGAGAGAGAGCUCGCCCGCAGCUUCAGUGCUGUCAACUGGGAAGAUGAACCCCCGGGCUCCUGGAUGGAACAAAAGGUCAGUGGUUGAGUUGAUCAUGCAGAUAAAUUGGAGCAGUAAGAACCUGGGAUAGAUGUGCUGAAGUAGUGUGUUCAUUGUGGCCAUGGCAAUACUUGUAUGCUUAGGUAGCGAAAGAUUUCUUGUUACAUCAAAUAAUCUACUGGGACUUUAAGACAAAUGAUUCCAUGGAUUAUAACAACUACAGAAUUAGAUGCACUUGUUGUAGGUAGAAUGAUGCUUGCGAACCAGUGAAUUACAAGGAUCUAGUUAGUAUUGUAUGAACUAUGCUUGCUGAACCUUUGUAAACUAAAUAAUGGAAUGGAACUUUUUAAAGAAAUGAUUCCCUGGAUUAGAACCACUACAGAA